UAGUAAUAGAUUACUUUUAAUUUCUCUUAUUUUCUUAAACUGUACGUAUUAUUGUGCAUUAUUAUAACCUAUUUUGUGUGAUAUUUGAAUAUUAGAUUUCAAAUUUAUAUAUAUAUAUAUAUAUAUAUAUAUAUAUAUAAUUUUAAAACAUGAGUUGUAUUAGAAAUUUAAUUCAUAUGUGUACCAAAUUACGUAUAAAAAAUCAAUGUAAACAUAAGGAUAAUAGUAACUCACAAAAUAAAAAUGUUCCAAAACAAAAGAAUUCAGAUAUGUUUCAUGCAUAUAAUCUAAAUCGAACUACAUUUCCUAAUGUUAUACCACCUUCAUCGUUUAUAACGGAAGACGAAUUUUUCAAAACAUGGUGCUCUUGGAAAAAUGAAUUUUUAACAUUCAAAAAAAUUUUAAAUAAAGAGAAUUUUAAUAAGGAAAAAUGGGGAAAUCUGUUAUUAAAUUUAAUGGGUCCAAUUGGACAAAAUAUUCAUAGCACAUUUCAAUUUAAUUCUCUGAAUGAUAAAGAAAAUGUAGAUAUAUUACUUGAAAAAUUUGAUGAAUAUUACAUAUUUUCAGGAAGAAAAAAAUUACCUUUAGAAAAUAUAUAUGAAUACAUAAAGGACUUACAAUUUAUUAUCAAAGAAAAAAACAUUGACAAUGAACAAGAAUUAAUAAGGAAGAAAAUUUUAGCAGAAAUCAAUGAAUAUCAAUUUAAUAAUGCUGCGAAACGUGUAAUUCCAACAUUUACAUUUUCUUCUGAUUUCAAUAAAUUAACAAUAAAGGAAAUUGCAUUUAUUUGGAAAUUAUAUAUUGAUAGUAAUAGUUUAAAAAGCUGUACACGUUGUGGAUCUAAUCAUGUUUCUAAUAAAUGCCCAUCAUUGGGAAAACAAUGUAUAAAAUGUAAUGAAUGGAAUCAUUUUCCAAAAAGAUGUCCAAAAAAUUUUAUUACUAACUGUCAUUAUUGUGGAAGUGAUCAUAGACAUAAAAAUUGUCCAGCUUAUAAUGAAAUUUGUACUAAAUGUCAGAAAUUACAUCAUUUUAGCUGGAAAUGUAAAGCUAAAAAAAUUCUGCAAUGCAAUUAUUGUGGUUUAACCCAUAUUGCAUCUAGAUCGCAUUGCAUAGCAAAAAAUAUUAUUUGCAAUAAUUGUAAAACAAUGGGUCAUAUUUCUUCAAAAUGUAAUAAAAAAUCAAAUAAAUAUAACAACUAAAAAUAAUUUUAAUUUAAAUUUUAAUAUAAUAAGUGAA